AGACUCUACUGCUCCGUACAUACUACUCCAUACCUACACCACAGACCAGACCCUAAUACUGCCAACUUGAUCUCUCUUCUUCACUUCUCUCUCGCAUCGAUCUCUAGAUCUAUAAGACUCAGACCCAAACGCAGGCACAGGCGCAUUCGCGGGGUUUUUUCUUUCUUUUUCUACAUUUAUUUAACCUUUUCUUUGCUUUUUGACUGUUCUAUACCGGACUUUCUUUUUCAGCUUUUUUUUAUUGCUUAUUUCCUCUCUCACUCAUCCAUCCGCAUUGAUCUGUCUGUUUCAGAGACAAAACAACGGCUGAACUGUACUCUUCUGGACAGUUGUCUGUCUUAGGGUUGCUGAUUCUGCAUCCUCAACCCUUAAGAGACAGCAUCAGGAACAGGGUUCAAAAGCAACGAGAAGGAAACACAAGACCGUCGAGAUGGAAACCGCAGAGCCCGUGUCUUACGAAUUCCCCGGGCAUCCAGUGGGCGCCAUGGCUUCUCGUCGUAUUCUCCAUCCUCACAUGAGUUCUAACUACUUCUAUCCUACGACCACCUCUUUUCCUCUGUCAUUCCACUCGUCUUCUACUGCCCCGUACAGCUUUGGUCAUUCUCAGCAUUCUCAGCAUUCUCAACAUCCUCAGCAUCCUCAGCAUCACCCGCCUCCUCCUCUCAGCAACCCUCAUCAGCAUCACCACACGCAGCAGCAACAGCAACCGCAACAGCAACCGCAGCAGCCAACGCUGCCACCAGCGCCAUCUCAACCCCAUACCAGCUCGUACCAACCGCAUUUCUUCGUCCCAGCUCCUCAACAACCACCGCUUCACCCGCAGCCUGUCCGUCUGUCAUCAGAAUCACCGCCGUUUCAGGGCGUUCCCGACAUCCGACCAGCAAAAAAUGCCAUCAAUCAAGUGGGCAAAGACUCAUUGGUAAAGGCCAUUUCUGUGUCUCAACAGACCACUAACGGAGCAGCGUCACAGGACAAGUCUGCCAGCGAGAUCGAUUUCUCUACGAAUGUCGAUGUCCUUAUGAAGGCUAUCCAGUCCCGGGCUAGUUCUGAGCCAACAACGACUCAGCAGUCUUUGCCCCCGUUGCAGCAUUUGACCCACGGGAAUGCCGGUGUUUUCUCUCCUCCGAGUUAUCCUAUGCCUGCGGCGUCGUCUAUGACUCCUCGUGGGGGCUUGAUGGUUGACGAGCCGAUGUCCCGGUCUGGGAAGAGACGAAAGUACACCUGUACGCUUCCGCACUGUGGGAAGAGUUUCGCUCAGAAGACUCAUUUGGAUAUCCAUAUGAGAGCACACACUGGAGACAAGCCUUUUUUCUGCAAGGAACCCGGCUGUGGACAACGAUUCUCGCAACUAGGCAAUUUGAGGACUCACCAACGCCGUCAUACCGGAGAAAAACCCUUCUCGUGUGAUAUCUGCCACAAACGCUUCGCCCAACGAGGCAACGUCCGCGCGCACCAGAUCACCCACAGGGAAGAAAAGCCCUUCAGAUGUCUCUUGGACAACUGCGGAAAGCAGUUCACCCAGCUUGGCAACCUCAAGUCCCACCAAAACAAAUUUCACGCUUCCACCCUUCAGACUCUAACCGCCAAAUUCGCAACCACAGUCGAUGGAGAUUUCAUGAACCCACAAGACCGAGAAUUAUGGGGCUACUUUGCCGCGCUAUACAAGAAUAGUAACAAGGGGAUCAAGGGCCGGGGCAAGGAUCGCAAGAUCUCGCCUUCUUCCAAAUAUUCUUCAUCCGUGUCCUCGGGAAGACGAUUCCAGGCUGAUGACCAUCAUCAGAUGCGUCGGGAGAGCUAUGAGUAUGCCUCUUCGACGUACACCGGGAGCAGUGAUGAGGAUGACAUGGCGCAUUACUAUCUGGCUAGGAGGGAGCAUUAGUGCCCUUCUUACUUUC